AUGAAACAAAAACGCGUACAGAUAGAAGUAACGGAACGCAGAAAAGUAAAUGCUUUACAGAAAACUGCCAACAUUGUAAAGAAUCAAGGUCCGUGUCGUGGUGUUAGCUUAACUGAAGGUCCGUGUCUUGCUGUUUGCAUAACUAAAGGUCCGUGUCGUGCUGUUUGUUUAACUGAAGGUCCAUGUCUUGCUGUUUGCAUAACUAAAGGUCCGUGUCAUGCUGUUAGCUUAACUAAAGGUCCGUGGCGUGCUGUUAGCUUAACUAAAGGUCCGUGUUUUGCUGUUUGCUUAACUAAAGGUCCGUGUCUUGCUGUUUGCAUAACUAAAGAUCCGUGUCGUGCUGUUUGCUUAACUAAAGGUCCGUGUUGUGCUGUUUGCUUAAUUAAAGGUCUGUGUCUUGCUGUUUGCAUAAUUAAAGAUUUGUGUCAUGCUGUUUGCUUAACUAAAGGUCCGUCUCAUGCUAUUUGCUUAGCUAAAGGUCCGUGUCAUGCUGUUUGCUUAUCUAAAGGUCCAUGUCAUACUGUUGGCAUAACUAAAGGUCCGUUUCGUGCUGUUGGCUUAACUAAAGAUCCGUGUCGUGCUGUUGGCUUAACUAAAGAUCCGUGUCGUGCUGUUAGCAUAACUAAAGGUCCGUGUCGUGCUGUUGGCUUAACUAAAGGUCCGUGUCCUGUUGUUGGCUUAACUAAAGAUCUGUGUUGUGCUGCUUGCUUAACUAAAGGUCCGUGUCGUGCUGUUGGGAUAACUAAAGAUUCGUGUCGUGCUGUUGCUGUUUGCUUAACUAAAGGUCCGUGUCGUGCUGUUAGCUUAACUAACGGUCCUUGUCUUUCUGUUUGCAUAACUAAAGAUCCGUGUCAUGCUGUUUGUUUAACUAAAGGUCCUUGUCUUUCUGUUUGCAUAACUAAAGGUCCAUGUUGUGCUGUUUGCUUAACUAAAGGUCCGUGUUUUGCUGUUAGCUUAACUAAAGGUUUGUGUCUAGCUGUUUGCUUAAGUAAAGGUCUGUGUCGUGCUGUUUGCUUAACUAAAGGUCCGUGUCGUGCUGUUUGCAUAACUAAAGGUCCGUUUCAUGCUGUUUGCUUAACUAAAGGUUUGUGUCUUGCUGUUUGCUUAACUAAAUGUCCGUGUCUUGCUGUUUGCAUAACUAAAGGUCCGUGUCGUGCUGUUAGCUUAACUAAAUGUCCGUGUCUUGCUGUUUGCAUAACUAAAGAUCGGUGUCGUGCUGUUUGCAUAACUAAAGGUCUGUGUCGUGCUGUUAGCUUAACUAAAUGUCCGUGUCUUGCUGUUUGCAUAACUAAAGAUCGGUGUCGUGCUGUUUGCAUAACUAAAGGUCCGUGUCGUGCUGUUAGCGUAACUAAAUGUCCGUGUCUUGCUGUUUGCAUAACUAAAGAUCGGUGUCGUGCUGUUUGCAUAACUAAAGGUCCGUGUCGUGCUGUUAGCUUAACUAAAUGUCCGUGUCUUGCUGUUUGCAUAACUAAAGAUUGGUGCCGUGCUGUUUACUUAACUAAAGGUCCGUGUCGUGUUGUUUGCAUAACUAAAGGUCUGUUUCGUGUUGUUAGCUUAACUAAAGGUCCGUCUCUUGCUGUUUGCAUAACUUAA